GGAGGAKGAGGAGGAAGAGGAGGAGGGGAGGCAGACGGACUCGGGAAUUCCUCAGCUCUCCUCAAAUUUCUCCAAACCACGGACCUUCAGCUCCACUCUAUCCGGCGCACACAUCCCGACAAGCAGCCYCCCUUUUCCCCUCAAAGGAACCACUUUAACAAAACGAUGUUGCGAAGUGUCGCUCCGCUCCUUCUGCUGGCUGUGGCUCUCUGUAACGCCGAGGAGGUGCAGAGCAAGAGCAAAGUGUGUGCCAACGUGUUCUGUGGGGCCGGCAGGGAGUGCGCCGUCAACGAGAAGGGGGAGCCGAGCUGCCUGUGCAUAGAGAGCUGUAAGCCCCACAAGAGGUCAGUGUGUGGCAGCAACGGUAAGACCUACAGAAACCACUGUGAGCUCCACAGAGAUGCUUGUCUCACCGGACUGAAGAUCCAAGUGGCCCACGAUGGACACUGCCGGGAAAAGAAAACCAAGCAGGCAGCUGCCAAUCCAGUGGUGUGCUUCGCCGCUGAUCGCAACGAGUUGAGGAGUCGGGUCAUCCAGUGGCUGCAGACUGAGGUCGUCCCAGACGGCUGGUUUGUAAAGGGCUCCAACUUCUCUGAAACCCUGCUGAAGUACUUUAAGUCUUAUGACAACGGUGACGCUCAGCUGGACUCCUCAGAGCUGCUCCGCUUCAUCCAGCACAAYGACUCGGUCGUGCAGCUGCAGUCCUACGCAGACCAGGAGAGCAACAAGCUGCUCAGGAGUCUGUGUGUUGACGCCCUCAUCGAGCUAUCCGACGAGAACGCCGAUUGGAAGCUGAGCUUUGAUGAGUUCCUCAACUGUCUGAAGCCUGGUUUCAACCCACCAGAGAAAAAGUGUGCCUUGGAGGAUGAAUCAUACGAGGACGGAGCCGAGACCCAGGUGGAGUGUAACCGCUGCGUCUGUGCUUGUGGCAACUGGGUCUGCACCGCCAUGACCUGCAGUGGGAAAGACAAACAGGCGGCUGCGGAUGAGUCAGCAGAUGAUGGAGCAGAGAUGACGGACGAGGAGUGGAACCUUCGUGUGGCUGAGCUCAACAAACAUCAGGAGACAGCAGAGAAGAUGAAGGCCAGCACAAAAGAGGUCUGAAUAAGGACCUCAUAAAAGAAGAGGAUGGUGCCGUCGCUCUUCUUUCAUACUUAAUUUACUUUGAGUUUUAUUAAACUGACUUUUCUUUUUUUAUCUGCUAUAUUAUUAUUAUUAUUAUUGUUGUUGUUGUUAUCAUCUAUUUUUACAGUGUUUAAGUGUUUGCUGUGUUUGAUUCUAAGGCAGUCAGAAUGUAACUGGGUCGCCUUGUGUUCAGUACUGUUAUGGUUGAUUGUAUUACUGUGCCCCCUACUAAAACUAUGAGGGCUAGUUUUUACUACAGCUUUUCUAUAGUUUUUUUAAUUUCUAUUUUUUAUUUUUUUUUAGUUAGCAUAAAAGUUGUCACUGUUUUAGACUAGAAGUCAGGUGAUUUCGAGGAUUUUAAAGUUAGGAGCCUUGAGGAUUUCAUUUGUUAAAAUGGUGUUUCUCCAUUUAAACAAAGUGAAACAAGAAGGUAAAACUACUUGUGCUUUUUAAUUUUGUUGCCAUUUAGAAAUGCCACUGUAGGCCAACAACCAUUGCACUUCUUUUCUGUUCAUUUCUUUCUGUCGCUCUCACCACAAUAGUCUUUAUUUGUAUUUUACUGCUUAAGUAAUUAUUUUAAAGCAAAAAAAAGUGUUUCUAUGUAUAGCAUUGAGUUGGAGCUUAUCUUGUUACCRUGUUAUGCUUUGACAAGUCUCUCUGGUGAUUUUAUUUUAUUAUUAUUAUUUUUUUUACUUUUUAAAGAUUUCUGUCUUGUUUUUCUGGGUUGAAGUCAGACAACAGCUCUCUGAGUGCACCAGUGAGACCUGAUCUGAGUAUAACAUGGUGAAAACUGAAACCAAAGUCUUAAUGAAGUGUUUGAAUGAUGUAAAAUGUUUAAUCCGGGUAAAGCAUUACUCUGGACCCAGCAACAAUACUAUACCUGUGCUUUCAAAAUCACUAACAGAAGGACUAGCCUCGCAGUCAGCUGAAGUAGCAUAGAUGCACCAGUAACCGGGUGCAAAUAAAAUGUGUGUUUGUGCUUUUAUUGUGAAUCUGAAAGUAGAUUUUUUAAAGUGUUUAUUUGUAUCUAAAUUUGGGAUGUAUGAUGAGAAAAAUCAGUGCCUUAGACCUACAAAAAGACUCGUCUUCUACCUUUGCCUCCACAUCGGUUGUUGAAAGAAUGAGCACGCUUUGCUGACGUUUAUCGAAAACUAGUUAGUGCUUUUAAAUCUGUCUCCUGAAAACAUCUGAGUGAAAUUUGCUUUUACUCGGUGUGAGCUAGAUUUUUUUUUUCUUUGUGCCACUAAAAGUGCAGUUUGUAAGGAAUGUCUGCCAUUAAAACCCCUACAACACAAAACUGA